AUGACCUCCCAACCCUCCUCCUCAAACACGUAUACGCUCCCCACAACGCUGCACCCUCAAUCACCAUCUCGCAGCUGGAAACACCGUCUCAACAUCCUCAAACCCUCCGCCUCUAAUGACGUACCAACCCAAAGCGGCAGUCCUCUAACCCGCGGUCCUACAAACGGAAGCGCGAAAAGUAAAUAUGUGCCUCAGUGGUGGAAAGUCCGGCUGUUUCGUGGUAUGAUCAAUGACUUAAGGAGGAGAGCCCCGUUUUAUUGGAGCGAUUGGACGGAUGCGUGGGAUUAUAGGGUUGUGCCUGCGACGGUUUAUAUGUAUUUCGCCAACAUUUUGCCUGCCUUGGCGUUUUCGUUGGAUAUGUUCACGAAAACUAAUAUGAGUUAUGGUGUUAAUGAGGUGUUGUUGGCUUCGGUACUUGGAUCUGUCGUUUUUGCCCUAUUUUCUGCUCAGCCGCUUGUUAUUGUUGGUGUUACGGGUCCGAUUACGGUCUUUAACUACACUGUUUACGAUAUUAUGGUGCCUACAGGGACGAACUACUUUGCUUUUAUGGCAUUGGUCGGACUCUGGUCACUUGCUAUGCAUUGGGUGCUUGCCAUCACAAAUUCUUGCAACGCACUUAAAUAUGUCACGAGAUUCUCGUGCGAUAUCUUUGGAUUCUACGUUGCUUUUAUAUACCUACAAAAAGGUAUCCAGGUACUGACCCGCCAAGGCUCAAAUGAAGGAUUCUACCUCUCCAUCAUGGUAUCUCUUCUCGUCCUAGUCGUCGGCUAUAUGUGUGGAGUGAUCGGAUCAAGUCCCCUAUUUCAACAUUACGUACGAGUUUUCAUCAAAGAUUAUGGCACACCACUUACCGUCAUCUUCUUUACUGGGUUCGUCCAUAUCGGCAAAAUGGCAGAUAUAAGCCUUGAAACACUGCCAACGAGCAAAGCGUUCUUUCCUACCAGUGAUAGAGGGUGGUUCGUCCAUUUCUGGGAUAUCAGAGUUUCGGACGUCUUCAUCGCCAUACCCUUCGCGAUUCUUCUGACGAUUCUCUUUUACUUCGAUCAUAAUGCGCAAGGGACCGAAUUUCCACUCCGCAAGCCUGCCGGCUUCCACUGGGAUCUCUUCCUCCUCGGUCUCACCACAGGAGUUGCCGGUCUUUUAGGUAUCCCAGCCCCGAAUGGACUUAUCCCUCAAGCACCAUUCCACACCGACUCUCUGUGUGUCUCAAAGGUCGUGAGCGAUCCAGAUGAAGAGGGCGCGAACAAGGGUCAUGUAGUCACUAAAGUCGACCAUGUUGUGGAGCAAAGAGUUUCAAAUCUCGCGCAAGGUCUAUUAACAUUAGGAACAAUGACCGGACCACUUCUAGUAGUAAUCCAUCUCAUCCCACAAGGCGUUCUCGCAGGUCUCUUCUUCGUCAUGGGCGUCCAAGCCCUCGAAGGUAACGGCAUAACCCUCAAAAUCCUCUUCCUAUGCAAAGACUCUACACUCACACCAGCUUCCGAACCACUCAAACGAAUCCAACGCCGCAAAGCCAUCUGGGUCUUUGUCGCUAUCCAACUCAUCGGCUUCGGCGCUACGUUCGCUAUCACGCAAACGAUCGCCGCUGUCGGGUUCCCGGUCAUUAUUCUGUUGCUGGUGCCGGUGCGCACGUUUUUGUUGCCGAGGUGGUUUCGGGAUGAGGAGUUGAGGGUGCUGGAUGCGCCCACUGCGAGUCCGUUUACGAUGGUUAGUGUGGGCGGGAAUUAUGGGGAGAGUGAUAGUGCGGAAGAGAGUGCGGGAGGCGAAACAGAGGGGGGUGUGGUUGUUGGGAAGGAGGAUGGGGAUGUGGGGAGGGCGGAAAGGGGGGAGGUCAGUGAGGGUUCUAGUAGUGGUGGGAGACGGGUUAAGAGGAGGGAAAGUUGGAGAGGUGAGAGGGGUGGGGAGAGUAUUGAGAUGGAGGCGAGGACGGGGAUGAAUCGUCGGAGUGCGAGUCGCCAGUCGAAAGAUUAG